CUCCACAUCUGCUCGUGCUCUUUGUCUCAUUUCACAUUUCACGACACCGUUGCACUCAAAUUUGUGAUUAAAAGGAUUUAAAGAAAUUUGUUUCGUAAUUCUCGUGUAUAUUUAACAAAGGUUAUCGAAAGUUAUAGAAUAGAUCCCUGUAAAAAUCACUGUUCUGGCUGAGACGUUUGGUCAGUACCAAGCACUGGAAAGAAGGCAGGAUGAGUAACCUUAAAGAAGCCUUAAUUGAGUGUCUUCAAGGAAGUCUGUCUCCUGAAGGAGACGUACGACGUGGAGCAGAAGAACGACUUAAGGCGUUAGAAGUUACAGAAAAUCAUCCAAUUCAUCUGAUGGAGAUAGUGCUGGACAAUGGAGAUCAUUGCCUCCCCCCACCAAUUCGACAGUUAGCAAGUGUAAUCCUUCGUCAAUACAUUGACACUCACUGGACAUCAAUCACUGAAAAAUUUGUCGCACCGGAGCCAUCUGAGCAGGCAAAAGCUAUUCUUCGAUCCAAUCUACCGAUUGGAUUAACAUAUUCUGAAAGCAAGAUACGAAACUCAAUUGCGGCUAUAAUUUCAACAAUUGCUCACUGGGAUUGGCCUGAACAAUGGCCAAAUUUAUUCGAAGUUCUAUUGCAGUACUUGCACAACGAGAAAUCUGUUGCAGGAGCCAUGAGGGUUCUGACAGAGUUUGUUAAGGAACUGACAGAGGAACAUUUACUUCAGGUUGCACCAAUAAUCCUUCCGGAAAUGAGCGUUAUGAUAAAUGACAAGGAAUCAUAUAGUUCAAAUACAAGGGCAAGAGCAGUUCAAGUUUUUAGAACUUGUGCUCGUGUAAUCAGCAUUUUGGGCCAAAUCGACAAAAAAGCGCCUACUCGUUUUCUUGAUCCAGUUUUGCAGAACUAUGUGCAAGUGUUUACACGUGCAUUGAUGGAACCUGAAAACCCAGGGCAUUAUAAAUUAAAGAAAGACAUCAUUAAGACUGUUACAGUCUUGUUGAGGUAUUAUCAAGCAAAGACGUCACCAUACCUCGCACAACUUCUUCCACCUGCAUGGGCAAUAUUGACGUCAUUAACAGUUCCCUUUAAGGCAUACCUCCAAGGAAAUGAGGAUGAUGAUGACAACAUUGACUCUGACGGAGAAAAAUGUGGAAUUGAAUCCACUUUGUAUGCUAUAUUUGAACUUGUUCAAGCAUUGCUGGAAAAUCCUCAAAUUGCAAAGACUUACAUGUCGGAUAGUUUGACCGACUUGAUUUUUUAUACUACAUUUUACAUGCAACUUCCUCAGGAAAGAGUUGAACAGUGGACAAGCAAUCCAAGUUCGUUUGCAAGCGACGAAGAUGAAGACUCGGGAACAUAUUCGUUAAGAGCAUGUGCACAAGAUCUACUGUCACUUGUUUCUGACGAAUUCAACCAACAAUGCAUUGCUGCGUUAGGCCAAGCUGUGAAUAGGCAUUUGUGCACUCCUGCUGGUCAGACGGACUGGAGACUUCAGGAAGCAUGCCUGUAUGCCGUUUGCUCUUUAGGAACAAACGUUGCCAAACCUUGGUCGCAAAGUAGUGGUAUUCCUACCGCAGGAUGCUUCGACAUUCAUGGAUUUGUGCAGAAUAUUGUCAUCCCUGGACUCUCUUCACAAGAUAUCUUACUUGUGGGUCGUUGUCUCGUUCUGGGGAGCAAUUUUUGCACUGUGAUUGACCCUACGUUGACUGAAAAUUUUAUUCGUGCUGCGGUAGAGUGUCUACAGCCUGAUCGGAGUAUCAUUUUGAAAUUGUUGGCAACAAAAGCUAUUGAAAGUUUUGUAAACCAGUCACCAGAAUAUGAAUUUGUACAUAAGAAAUUACUCGAAUUUCUCCCUGUAAUAGUGGAAAAUUUAAUUACGUUUGGAGCCAUGGGGCAAUCAGUAGAUAUUCUGACAAUCGUGUUGGAGACGCUAACUGAAAUUUUGAAGCUAGAUGAUGGCUUCACUGCAUCCAUUGGUUCUAAAGUUACGACUCUGUCCAUAGCUUGUUUUGUUAAAUUCAAUGCCGAUCCCGUCAUAUGCCCAAUCAUCGAAGGAAUUCUUCAGAUCCUGUGCAAAAAUCGAAAUUGUGUUGUCGAGGUGCAAGAGAGAUUGACGCCAACCCUCAUCUCUGUUCUAAACAAUUCCAGUACUGAAAUGGCUGGUCCUCAAGGGGUAGCAUUGGAUCUACUGACAGUCGUUAUAAGAGCGUCUCCUACUCCACUCAGUCCAAUGCUGGUCACUGAUGCCUUUCCUGCUGUGAUAAAUUGCAUAACCAAAUCUGAUGACCACACAGUGUGGCAAAACGGAGGUGAAUGCUUACGAGCUUACACAUCAGUUGCCCCUGAUCAAGUUUAUGAAUACAGGGAUGCUAAUGGAAUGUCUGGCUUGGCCUAUGUUGUACAAAUUGCUUGUCGACUCCUGGAUCCAACAAUGUCUGAAUUUUCCGCAACAUUAGUAGGAAAACUUGUUACAACCUUGUUGAGCAAAACUGGAAACAAACUUGGAGAUCAACUUGAGCUGCUUUUACGAGCAGUUUUGAGCAAAUUGAGGUCUGCUGACACCCUGAGUGUGAUACAGAACCUAUUAAUGGUUUACGCAUACUUGUUCAACACUCAAUUAGAGCCAGCUUUAAACUUUUUGGAUAGCGUUCCAGGCCCAACAGGUCAAUCUGCCCUUUACUUUGUCAUGACGGAAUGGGUUUCACGGCAACACAUGUUUUAUGGCAUGUUUGACCGAAAAGUUAGUUCCAUUGCUUUGGCUAAUUUACUCCUGCAUGGAUUGAACACCAAAGAUCCCAGAGUCACUCAGAUACAAGUAAAAGGUGAACUAGUGGAUACGAAACAAAUGAUAACCAGAAGCAAGAAAAAGACAGAAGAAUGGACCAAGAUUCCACUUUUGGUGAAAAUAUUCAAACUCCUAAUAUACGAACUGUCUUGCGUAACAGCAGACACAACGGCUGAUGAAGAGGGUGAAACCGAAAGUGAGUCAGAAGACGACGAUAAAGAAAACGGAGUAAGUUGCAGUGGUUUCAAUGUUGAGGACUUGUUGUUUGACGAUGAAGAAAGUGGUGUAAACGUAGAUGACCAAGACAUUCUCUCUGACCCGAUAUAUACUGUUGAUCUUUCAAUCUAUUUGAAAGAUUUUUUAACAGCAUUUAGCCAGCAGCCCCAUUUUCCAGAAUUUAUUUCUCACCUAAAUGUGCAAGAACUCAAAGCCCUCUCUAAAAUCGGAUUAAAUAUUGGCUAAUUUGAAAUGCGAAUUUUUGUUUUCUAAAAAUUUUCUAAAGUUUGGUUCCAUAUUACUUAAAAUUACUUUGUCUUUUGUGAUGAUCCCUUGGAGGAUGGAUUACAAUAUAUACUUUAAACCUCUAGAUGCUUUCAUCAUUGGAAGCAAAAUAAUUUUAAAUUGUGUUAUUAAUAAAAAUGCAUUGCAACACGUACGAAAUUAAA